CCAACACUUACCUUACUUGAUCAUCCAUAGUUAUACUUAACUAUCCUUUCGGCACCGUCGACUACUACCUAGUAGUACCACCUAUAUCAACGACGGAAUACAAUUGACUACCUCGAGUCUCAUCAUGUCAACCCCAUCAGGCAAUCAAUCACAAUCCUCUGAACAAGACCAUCCUAAUUCUUGGUCAAAUACGGAGCAUCGAUUCACCAAUAAAAGUGCAAGCGAGUACUAUGACCCAUGUCAAGAUUUCGCUGAUCGAAGUUUGAAAUGUAUGAAGCGGAACAAUUUUGACAGGGAAAUGUGCCAUGAUUAUUUCCAAGCUUAUCGUGACUGCAAAAAACAAUGGUUGACACAGAAGAAGUCCUCUAGCUAGUCUUGCCAGAGCCUACGCUGUGGAUUAGUGCACGCUUCCUCAAAGGCUAUCUUCAUGAUAUCUAUAUCCGGGAAUCACCCAAGUAUUAGACGACAAUAUCGCCAGUGCCUAGGGGACUUUGUUUUCCAAGUCUACACCAGCAUUGUAUCCAUCCUCAGAAAUACUGCUAUAUUUAACAAUACCGGUAAGCAAGGGGCUAUGUAAUUGAUCGUUUCGAACAAAAUCUCCUCUCUUCGGCGCAAAAGCGUUUCUCCCCAAUUGUUACUAAAUCCGAUCGUUGGCUCCCCUUCUACUUUCUUCUUUUCAUCUACUUCUUUUCUCGGAGGAACGAGAGAUGAUGGUAUGGUUGGCGCAACAAGGUCACUCGAAAUCUGUUUAGUGGUAUCUGUAUUUGUAUGUAUCUACACAUGCGAUUGCUUUUGAUAAGAUUUUUCGUCAUGAUGGAAUUUGAUAUGAUCUUAUCGCGGUAAAACUAUAUAGUGUUCCAAAUAUAUCUCGCGAGGAAUCGAAUUGUGACUCCUGCAGCCAAAAAAA